AUGGACAAUCUCCUCCUCGCAGACUCAGACCCCAACUCGCUCCUCUACGCCUCCCCGGCUUCCUUUGCCCCGAUGCACAACCACCCCCAUCAUCAUCAUCAUCACCACCAGCAACAGGACAUCCAGAUGCCAGACUACCUCUCUGUAUACCCUCCGCUCGACCCAACCGGCUACUACGGCGCCAGCGCAGGUGUCCAACCUUACCUCUCGACCCCAAACUACUACUCCACCACCACCACCCCCAACCCACAGAGUACAUGGCUCCAACACCCCUCGCAAGCCUCCUCCUCGCGCAUCAACUCCCAACCUCAGCUCUACCAAUCCUCCUCCUCCCUCCCCGCAGGAGGAACAGGUCACACCUCGCCGGCCCCAUCAACAUUCGACUACGAUCUUGACUACGACCCGCCCUCCCCCUCACACACCUCCUCAAUCCCCACCCGCCACCCCUCAACCUCCAGCACGCACUCGCAGUCCAACACAAACUCAAAAGACCUCUCACUCUACGGUACCCCACACCCAACCCAACCGAACACCUGGUCCUGCGCCUACCCGGGCUGCACGUCGCCUGCGCUAUUCCGGCGCGGCUGCGACCUGAGGAAGCACUACAAUCGACACAGGAAGCACCUCUUCUGUCGCGUCGAGGGGUGCCCGCAGGCCAAUUCUUCGAACCCCGGUGCAGGGUUUAGUUCGAAGAAGGAUCGCGAUAGGCAUGAGGCGAAACACAACCCUGGGAUUCGGUGUGAGUGGGCGGAAGAAGGGUGCACGCGGGUGUUUUCGCGUGUGGAUAAUAUGAAGGAUCAUGUGAGGAGGAUCCACGCUAGGGUUAAUUAA